AUGACAAUUCAUGGUGACUUCUCUCAUCAUUCAGUGAAUGCAAAUGAAAAUACAGUCACACCUUGUGUUGCUGGUGUUAAAUCAUUCAGUGGAGCUCUUCUCUAUUCAAUCGAAACUCAACAAACAAUUGGUUAUGGAACACGAGCUGUAACUGAACAAUGUACAGGUGGAAUUAUUAUUGUAAUAAUUCAAAGUUGUUUUGGUCUUGUAAUUCAAGCACUUUGGGUUGGUCUUGUUUAUACAAAAUUAUCUCGUCCGAAAAAACGUCGUCGAACAUUAAUAUGGUCUCAACACGCUGUUAUUUCACUUCGAGAUGGAUUAUUAACAUUACAAAUUCGUUUAGGUGAUAUGCGUCAUCGAUCAACAUUAGUUGAAGCUCAUACAAGAAUGUAUUUUGUUUCAAAACGUCAAACAAAAGAAAAUGAAACAAUACCUCUUAACUUACUCGAUAUGGAUGUUGGUUAUGAUGCUGGAAAAGAUCGUUUAUUCCUUAAUUGGCCACUUAUUAUUGAACAUAAAAUUGAUUCACGAAGUCCAUUAUAUGAAAUCAAUAGAGAACAAAUUUUGAAAGAAAAAUUUGAAAUUUUACUUGUUCUUGAAGGAAUAAUAGAACCAACUGGAAUGGUUACACAAGCUAAAACUUCUUAUAUGCCUGAAGAAAUAAUUUGGGGAGCUAGAUUUGAAAGAAUGAUCCAUUUUGAUAAAGACCAUUAUAUUGUUGAUUAUUCUAAAUUUAAUUCUACAACUGAAGAUAACUGUACACCUGAUUCCUCAGCGAAACAACUUUAUGAACAAAUGAAUAAUAAUUGA